UUUUUAUACGGACAGGAAAACGGACGCAUCUUUACCGGAAACGUCCGUCAACGAACACUUUCCUCCCUUUUUCCGCGUGCGGCGUUUUGAAGAUGGCUUCACGUAAAGAGUCUGGUACAGCAACAAGCGCCGUGAUGGCUUCUACAAGCGGCACUUUGGACUCUCCUGUCAAACAGAUUCAAAUCGAGGGACUGGUGGUGCUAAAGAUUAUCAAGCACUACCAGGAAGAGGGCCAGGGCAGUGAGGUGGUUCAGGGCGUCCUGCUGGGCCUGGUAGUCGAGGACCGGCUGGAGAUCACCAACUGCUUCCCCUUCCCCCAGCACACCGAGGAUGAUGCAGACUUUGAUGAAGUCCAGUACCAGAUGGAGAUGAUGCGUUCUCUGCGUCACGUCAACAUUGACCAUCUGCAUGUGGGCUGGUACCAGUCCACCUACUAUGGCUCCUUUGUCAGCCGAGCGCUGCUCGACUCCCAGUUCAGCUACCAGCACGCCAUUGAAGAGUCCGUUGUACUCAUCUAUGACCCUAUAAAGACGGCACAAGGCUCCCUGUCCCUGAAGGCCUACAGGCUUACCCCCAAACUCAUGGAGAUCUGCAAAGAGAAAGAUUUCACACCUGAGGCCUUGAAGAAGGCUAACAUUGGCUUCGAGCAUAUGUUCGAGGAGGUGCCUAUUAUCAUCAAAAACUCCCACCUCAUCAACGUGCUGAUGUGGGAUCUGGAGGACAAGUCCACAGUCGCUGACAAACAUGAACUGCUCAACCUCUCAAGCAGCAACCAUUUGGAGAAGAGCCUUCAGCUUCUGAUGGACAGGGUGGAUGACAUGUCGCAAGACAUUGUCAAGUAUAACACCUACAGCCGCAAUCUGAGUAAGCAACAGCAGCAGAAGCACCAGUACCUCCAGAGGCGGACGCAGGAGAACGCCCAGCGACAGAGCAGAGGGGAGCCCCCGCUGCCUGAGGAGGACAUCAGCAAAAUGUUCAAGCCCCCCCAGCCUCCACCACGCAUGGACACGUUGCUUAUUGCAGGGCAAAUUAACAACUACUGCCAGAACGUGAAGGAAUUCACCUCGCAGAACCUUGGAAAGCUGUUCAUGGCGGAGGCUCUCCAAGGCCACAACUAGAGGAGAGAAACGGGCCGAAAGAAUCUGCAAGAGAGGGAAAGAGGGCGCUCAGAAGGGAGAUAAAGAAAGGUAACGGAUGCAAAACCAUCUUGAAGACGACUGGAAGAACACAGCACCUUUGUUUGUUUUCAAAGAAUUUAUUCAUUGUUUUUAUGCCUGGCUCCAUCUUGGAUACAAAAUUAUCUUUUAAAGAUCACUAGAUUUUGAUUGGAAUAAAAAGUCUUGCAUCUCUUCA